UUUCCUUUUCUUCCCUCUCCCUCUCUCUCUCUCGUUUCUCUUUCCCCACGAUCUCCAAACCUCGCCUCUCUCGAGUAAACGAAAACCCUAACUCAGUCACAACUAUAACCACCUUUACUUCCAGAACGAACACAGAAGAAUCCCCGAUCUUCUUCUUCUCUUAUAUGGAUGUUUUUGGUAACAAAAUCGACUUCAUCUGAAAUCGCUCAUCUCUUGUGUAAAAAAAUCACUCUUCUCUUUGUCUAAGCUAUCGACUUCGUCUGAAAUCGGUCAAGGGUUUGCUCAAGUCACUGUGUUUUCAUUACUCUUUCUCUAGCAGAUGAAGAUUGAUGAACAAGAUGAAGGAUGCUGAAACUUCUAAAAGAGAACAUGCAGUCAUGGAGAAGAUUAAAGAAGCACACAGGAGAGUGAUGGUGGCUAACCAUCCUCACAAGGGUGGGAGCAUGUAUCUUGCUAAAAAGAUCAACGAGGCUGAGGGUUUGCUGUUAGGAUUGACAGGUGCUGAUGAUCCUAUUCCCAGAUCUAGUAAUGGCUUGUCUGAAGAAAUUUCUUUUAAGAUUCUGAAACAGGAAGUUAUAUCCAGAAAUGUAUUGGUUGAUGAAUGUUCAAGGCAGGUUGUCGAGGUGGAGCAAGCAGCCAUGUGGAAGUUUCUUUGGUGGUCGGGAAUCAUAGCUGUCCAUGUUAUGGUUGGCCAAAACAUAGAUGAUCACUCGGACUCAUGCUGGUUGUUGCAACAAUCUGACAAGAUAUAUGCUGGAGCAUUUUGACAGUGAUUCAGGGAUUCGAAUCACAGUUUGAUUCUUCACAAGACUAAACUUUGUGCUCCUGCACUUGCUCCAUUCAAGGCUUAUUAAGAAGGUGAUGGUUUUCCCGAUGUGUUUGAUUUGUCAUUGUUGUCUCAUGUCAGGGUUCGUAAUCUUAUUAGUACCUUAAAGUUUGUAUAGCAUCAGUAGUCUGUUCGGUCUGAACUAACCCAAGAACAUCACCCUAAUAGUAUUGCUCAGCAAAGAACUCUUCUCCCGCUAACCAGAAUCCAUCUCAUUUAUUUUGAUGCUUUUGAUAUAGAAUCUAAUUGUACUAUUAGAAUUGGUAUCAUUCUUCUUGAUAAUGCAGGAAACUUUUGGGGUGCCAAAACAAUCCCAAGCACAACAUGAGAUACUUAACAUGCUGAAGCCAAGGCUCUUCUUGUAGCCACACUAUGGGUUAACGAGCUGGAACUGCAGUUUACUUCAAAGGGGACUGAAUCAUUCUGAAGAUGUAUGCUAUGCUAUCUAGUGUUCAAAUCACCAUAGUUAACUAUUGCUGUUAUAGUGGUCUCUGUCAAGUUUUCUAGAUUUUUGGUGUAGUUAGUGUCAUUAUUAUUCGAAAAAAAUAUUGUCUUUAGGUUUUUGUUAGUAUUAUUUUGUAACAUUUGAUAAGGUCUUAUUUGGAAUAAAAUUUCUGUUAAUUAUGGGUA